AGUGUCAAGGACUCUGUCGUGCCAGCAUCAUACAACAACCAUUCUCGCGAAGCCUCUCUGAUAUUGCCUGAAUGAAACAACUCUCACUCAAUCAUGUUGGAACAAGGAUCCCAACUCUCCAUACGGAGCUAAUCCGCUCUCCCAAACCGCACUAUGAGAAUUAGGAGGGGAGUCAUGCUAUUAAGCGACUUACAGAUGAUUCGAUCAAAUAUUGUCUCAAAACAAGUUCUUAGUCGUCAAAUAUGUACAACAAUAUCUUUUACUGAUCAUAAAAGAAGAAAUUGGAUUCAAGAAACCCAUCAAGUGUUUGAUGAAAUGCCUCACCCAAAUGUUAUUACAUGGACUAAACUGAUAUCUAGAAAUGCAAAAGCUGGGUUCUAUACUGAAGCAUUGAGUUACUUUUCAGAUAUGAGAAGGGUCGGGGUUGAACCAAAUGAGACGACAUUUUCAGUUAUAGUUGGGGUUUGUUCUCAAUUGAGUUGCGUUGAUGCUGGUAUGAGUUUACAUUGUUUAGUUCUAAAGAAAGGAUUUUUAAGACAAUUAUUUGUUUCAAGUGGGUUAAUUACAAUGUACUCUAAGAGUGAUUCUGUUGGAAAAGCGCGUAGUGUUUUCGAUGAGAUGGUUGAUAAAGAUGCUGUUUCUUGGAAUUCAAUGAUCUCCGCUUACUCGCAAAAGGGUUUGUAUUCAGAAGCAUUGAAUGUUUUGUUGCUCAUGUUGAAGAAUGCUGCUGACUGGAAACUUUUAGUGAAUAAGUUUACCUUUGCCAGUAUAUUUAAGGCUUGUGCUGGUCUUGGUUGGAUUAGAAUCGGCAAAACUGUGCAUAGUUGUGUGAUACAGUUAAGUGUUGAUUCAGAUUGUGUUGUUUCAGGCUCGAUGAUCGAUAUGUAUUCUAAAUGUGGCAGUAUAGAUGAAGCUCGACGUGUUUUUGACCGGAUGGAAAACCGAGAUCUUGUAGCUUGGAAUGGAAUGAUUACCGGGUAUUCUCUAAAUUACUUUGGAGAAGAAGCAAUUAAAUUAUAUUAUCAAUUGCAGUUGAAAGGAUUUGUCCCGAAUGGUACAACAUUUUCUUCUAUUCUGAAAGCUUCCACUUGUAUGUUAGAUAGUUCUGCAGGAAGAUAUUUCCAUGCUAAAGUGUUGAAGUUUGGUUUUCUAUCGGAUGUGUUUGUUGGGACUGCACUUGUUGAUAUGUACUCGAAAUAUUUUGAUAUGGUAGGCGCAGAGGGAGCUUUUCAGGAGAUAACUGAAAGAAAUUUGGUGUCUUUUAACGCACUCAUAACUGGUUACAGUUUGGCUGGGAAAUAUGAGGAGGCAUUGGGAAUUUAUGUGAACUUGCUUGCGCAGAACCUUAGACCAGAUUGUUUCACAUUCACUGGCCUUUUCUCCGCAGUUUCUCAAUCAAGCAAUUUUCAAGAAGGUACUCAACUGCAUGCCCAUUGUUUAAAGUUUGGCCUGGACGCAGAUAUAACAGUUGGAAACUCUAUUGUAACUUUUUAUUCAAAGUGUGGGUUUAUGGAUAGUGCAUUGAAGUCUUUCGAGCCUGUAACUAGACCUAAUAUUGUAUCCUGGGCGGGUAUUAUAUCUGGCCUUGCACAAAAUGGGGACAGCGAGAAGGCAAUUGAAUACUUUUGCAAAAUGCACAAGUUAAGUGUGAGACCAGAUGAGUUUUCCUUCAGUAGUGCACUCAAAGCAGUGGCUAAUUCUGCUUCCGCGAAGCAUGGGAGACAUAUCCACACCUUCGUUAUGAAGAUCGGAUUGGAAACUAAUAUACUCGUUGGAAGUGCACUUGUUGAUGUGUACUCAAAAUGUGGGAUGGUGGAAGAUUCUUUCAGAUUCUUUAAUGAGAUGCCUGAGAAAAAUGUAGUCUCUUGGAACUCCAUCAUAAUGGGUUUUGCUCACCAUGGGUUAACUAGUAAAUCAUUAUUUUUGUUUCAAGAAAUGAUAAAAUCCGGUUUCAUUCCAACAAGCAUUACCUUCACUGCUGUGCUGUUUGCUUGUGGUCAUGCAGGUUUAGUUGAAGAAGGUAUAAAUUUUUAUGAAACAAUGGUUUCUUACUACGGAAUAUCACCUUCAGUGGAACACUGUACGUGCUUGGUUGAUCUACUUGGACGUGCAGGGUAUCUUCACGAAGCUGAAAAUUUUCUUCGAAGUUCCCCAUUUUCGUCAGAUUCUGGUCUUUGGCGAUCACUCCUUGCUGCUUGUGGAGUUCAAAAGAACAUAGAGGUGGGAGUCCGCGCUGCCAAGGAGUGCUUGAGGUUAGAGCCCCAAGACUCCACGACUUGUGUUAUUUUAUCCAAUAUCUAUGCAUCAAAACAGUUAUGGGAUGAGGUUACAAGAAUAAGAGAUUUAAUGAGAAAGAUGGGCGUUGAGAAGGAGUCUGGUUGCAGCUGGAUUGAGGUUGGAGAUAAGACACCCAGAUAGAUGCUAAAGAUGUCAAAACAACGUCCACGCUUUAUUUUCAUUUGUAUCAUGGAAUGAGAACGAGGAUUGUCAUAUGAGGGGUGAUUGUUUCUCAGAUCAUGUACAAAUUUUGUGGAUGACUUCUUAUCGUGCUUCAUCUAUUAAAGAGGAAGACUGACUGCUUUUAUUGAAUAAAUAGGCAAACACAAAGGAUUUUGGGUUUUGUGGAUGAAGGGCCAUUGUGAUCUCAAACCUCUGCUAACGGUCCCACGAAGUUGAUCAAACAAGCUAUUCGCUGCAUGUAUACCCACGCCAAUAAGGCUAAGCCUGGUAACAAGUGCGGGAUUUUACAAACUCGGAAAUUUACGUUAUCUCACAGGGAAAGAAGCUUGAUGUACAAAAUGUAGAAGUAGUAAAAUCAUCACUAGAAGACUGCGAAAGUUUUUUAUAUGAUAAUUUCAUUUUACCACAGAGUUAUUACCCAA